UUCUUAGUAUACACUCUUUUGGAUUCUUAAUUUUUUUUAAGUUUAUACCAAACAAUAAAGCUUUCAUUUUGUUCGAUCCAUCAAGCAUUCCUUCAAUUCAAUGGCUUCUAAUUCAGCGUCAUCAGUUCAAAAGAGCUUCAAGUAUGAUGUAUUUUUGAGUUUCAGGGCUGAAGACACCCGUAAGACCUUUGUUGAUCAUCUCUAUCUUGCUCUUGUCAAUAAAGGCAUUGUUACUUAUAAAGAUGAUGAAACAAUCAAGAAAGGGGAAAGGAUCAGUGAACAGCUCAUCAGAUCCAUUGAAGACUCCAGAUUUUACAUCAUUGUAUUCUCCAAGAACUAUGCGUCUUCAUCAUGGUGCUUAAACGAGCUCGUGGAGAUUAUGAAGUGCCAAAACACAACCGAGCAUACAGCUUACCCCAUCUUCUAUGAUGUGGAACCCACCGAAGUGCGCCACCAAAGUGGGGCAUUUGGGGAAGCCUUUGCAAAACUUGUUGCCAAACAUGAAAAGGGUAGCGGGAUGUUUUCCUUCUUGAAAUUGUUCACAAGGAAGAGGAAGAGGACGUCUGAAGAAGUAGAUCUGGACAAGGAAGAGGAUGUUGGAAGAUGGAGAUAUGCUCUAACUGAAGCAGCUGGCCUGGCUGGGAUGGAGUUGAAGAACACGUUCAAUGGGCAUGAAGCAAAAUCUAUCCAACAAAUUGUUGAAGAGGUUUCCCUAAAGCUGUAUCCCUUUAAUCCGAGAGUUGAUGGGAAGUUAGUAGGCAUGGAAACUCGGGUGAAGAAUGUGGUUCUAUCUUUAGAUAUUGAUACUAAUGACGUCCGUCUGAUAGGGAUCAAGGGGAUGGGAGGUGCUGGGAAAACCACUUUGGCGAGGGCUGUUUUUGAUCACAUAUCCUUUCGGUUUGAAGGUAAAAGCUUUGUCGAAAAUGUAAGAGAAAUUUCCAAAGAUUCUGGUUUGAAGGAGUUGCAAAGACACGUCCUUUCAACUGUGUUAAAUGAUCAAAGCAUUUUUGUACCAAGUGUUUCUGAUGGAAAAAAUAUGAUGAAAAAGAUAAUGGGUAGUAGGAAGAUUCUUUUAGUUCUAGAUGAUGUGGAUCAUAUAGACCAGCUUGAAGCGUUAGCAGGUGAGUCUACUUGGUUUAAACUGGGAUGUAGAAUCAUCAUCACAACAAGAGAUGAGCAAGUGUUGAAGGCCCAUCGAGUGAACUUUAUUCAUGAUGUCAAUCUCUUAUCAAAUAAGGAAGCAAUUUGCCUCUUAAGUAGGUAUGCAUUUGGGAGAGAGAUUCCAAAUCAAGGGUAUGAAGAGCUAUCAAGAAUGGUUAUACAUUAUGCUGCUGGCCUUCCAUUAACAAUCAAACUCUUGGGUUCUUUUCUUUAUGGUAGAAUUGAGGGUGAAUGGAAAGAUACCAUUAAAAGACUAAAAACAAUUCCGUUGAAGGAAACUCAAGAAAAACUAGAACUAAGCUAUAAUGCUCUAGAGAAUGAUCAAAAAGAAAUAUUUCUGGAUAUUGCUUGCAUACUGAAAGGUAAAAGGAAGAAGAAAGCAAUCAGAAUACUUGAAAGCCGUGGGUUUUGUGCUCAGAUUGCUCUAAGAGUUCUUGAACAGAAAUCCUUGAUAAGUAUAUCCAAGGAUAAAGAAAGAUACUGUUAUGUUAAUGUUCACUUUAAUGACGUUGAUGUUGUUGAAAGGUUGCUCUUGCAUGACCAUAUAGAAGAAAUGGGCAUGAAUAUUGUUAGGCGUUUGCACCCUCAUGAGCCUAAGAGACAUAGCCGAUUAUGGAUUAAAGAGGAAAUUGAAGAUAUACUGGUCAAUGAAUUGGGUACUGAAGAAACACAAGGUAUAAAGCUGAAGUAUACAGGUCUUCAUCCAACGAUUAUUGAGAAAGGUCUUAGAAAGAUGAAAGAACUUAGAUAUCUUUACGUGGAUACCAUAUAUGAUUCGAGGAUAGUUGGUGAAGUUAGCCAACACUUACCAGAUUCUUUACAAUCUCUAUGUUGGAAAUCAUACCCUUUUCAGUCUUUACCUGAAUCGUUUCAAGGAUAUAAGCUCGUUAACCUUCAAAUGGCUGGGAGCAAAAUAUCUAAACUCUGGGAAGGGGGAGAAGGAAAGGUUCUUAAUAAUCUUAAAUUCCUUGACCUCCAUAAUUAGGAGUUCUGGGGAACCACUACCCCCAUCGGAAAAAAAGCUUAAGAAGCAUCCUUCUUUUGGUGCUGGUCCCUUAGCCAAGUUAUAAUUGAUUACCGAGUUCCAUUUUGAAUGUUUUUAUAAUGAACCUCUACCUUCAUCUAACGGAAAUGUUGAGAAGCUUUCUUUUGGUCUAUGUGCUUGUACAAACUUUAAGUGUUUUUCUUCAAGUAUUUGUGCUUUACAACAUGUACGAGAGCUUACACUUAAAGGCAGUAUUCCGAAGGUGCCCAAGGAUCUUUACCAGUUACUACAUCUAGAGAAGCUAAUUUUAUUAAAAAUGACAGAGAUUGAGCAUCUUCCGGAUAGCGUUUGUAUGUUGCAACAUCUGAAAUAUCUUGAACUUAAAUCUUGUUGGAAUUUGGAGCAGUUACCGGAUGAUCUUAGCAGAUUGGAGUGUUUAGAGGAGUUGCACCUAACAGAUUGUAGAUCCUUACAAGAUGUCCCAGACAGUAUCUGUAAGAUAAAAAGUUUAACAUUUCUAAAUCUCUCGGGUUGUUUUUUAGUUGACAAAUUGCCAAAGGAACUUGGGUGUAUAGAACGUUUGAAACAGUUAAUUAUAAGCGGUACAAACAUCAGUCGUCUUCCACAGAGCAUUUUUCAAUUGAAAGGUCUGCAUAUUUAUGGGUCCUGGAGGGAGCUUGAGUCGUGUGGUUUUACAACCUGGGUUGAAUCCCCAGAUUACGCAUCUGAGUACUACGUAAAGCUGUGAAUAAGACAGGCACUUACAACAUGAAUAUCUUAAGUGAUGAUUUUGAAUUCAGGAAGAAGUAUAUACAAAGUCCAGUGACAUUUUGUUAUAUUGUUUCAUUGAUUUGAAUGUUUUAAUUGUUUUGUCGUCCAAACAUUUGGUAUAGUCAUGGUUUGAUAUGGA